AAAUUACACUUGAAGACCUCAGAGUGAUUCUUAAUGCAUUUUUUCACAAAUUCAUGGGGUGUCCAAAAACAAUUUUCAACCACUGUAUAUAUGUCGGCCAUUCUUACAAUCUUAGAUUGAUCACAUAGUACAGUCAUAUAUGUAAGAUCUGGGCAUUGGCUGAAGGGAGGGCUGGGUGUGAUGGGACAGCCCGAUCUCACGAGGAUUCGUGAAACUGUCACGUAAGUUUUAGUUUCGGUUUCGUGUGCACCAACACGAUUUCGUCAUGUUUUUCGUGCCGCUCACCACGAAAUGCGCACCAAUGUAUUUUAAACGGCGGACUUUUCGUGCCACUCAGAACGUAUUUCAAAAGAAUGUGUAUAUUAUAUUUUUAAUGUAAAACCGUGGCGAAUCCAACGCUAUAUUUUGCAUGACAUCGUUCCUAAACAUAACCCUAACCAUAACCUAACCAUAACCUAACCAUAAGCCGGUGGUACACUUACCAAUUUGCAUAGGAAUUUAAAGAAUGACCGGCGGCCGGCGGCCGCAAACGCGAUCACACAAGCAGUAUACGCCGAUGGACAGCUUAGAUCGUCAUGAAUCCGCCGGUAUAAACCACUUUCAGAUGUGAUUACCACAGCGAAAAACAUUUCGUGGUGAGCGGCACGAAAAACAUGACGAAAUCGUGUUGGUGCGCACGAAACCGAAACUAAAACUUACGUGACAGUUUCACGAAUCCCCGUGAGACCGGGUUGGAUGGGAUGGAGUGGACAGGUCAUGGGAGGGGAAUGGCAACACUGAAUAUUCUAAACAAAAUACUACAGCAGCCGUUCCACAUUUUAGUAUUUUCUAUCUGCAACGUGUCCUGCAAACAAAAGUCUUAUAGUGAAGUUAAUGGAAAACUCAAUAAAAACUGUUGAAAUACAAAAUAAAAAAAAUAGAUUGAAUUAGGUUCAAGACACCUGCUGUGGGCAUUUGUAAUUACAGUAUUAUCUCCAUUAUUACUGAGUCACACAUCAUUUGAUCAUAUUUACAAAUUGCAUUGUUCACAUUGUGGUUUGAAAUCAAUUGCAUCAAAUAUUAACAUGAAAAUCUGUUUUAACCUAAUUUUAGGGGCUCUGAUUGACCCCUGUUAUAACCCAACGCAGUCAGACUGCUGUCUGUUGAAACUUCUGCAUCAACAUGAGACCAAACAGGAAGGGCAAACCCACCUCCCUCCCCCAGCGUCAUACUUGAGCUCUAUUUCAGUGUCACCCUCCUGCAGUCAGCAGCAAGUCAGUAUGGAGGCUACAACUCUCUGCUUCAGGCUGUUGAUGCUUGAAUUCCUGCUGGAGAUUCACAUUCAGUCCACUUAUACUCUCAAAAGUGGUGCAGUUUUGCUUCGAGUCGAUCCAAACAGACUUCAACACUUUGACUACGACUCUUUGUCUUUUCACUGUGAGGGAAGCGAAGGUUCCAUUAAACUGAGAGGAUCCAGAAACUCUGAGGAGUUUCAUCCAGUUUGUGAAAUCAUGAAGACUUCUUUAUCCUCCUGCACGAUUUUUGAAACUUAUCAAACAGACAGUGGAGAAUUCUGGUGUGAAUCUGGAGCUGGAGAGAGAAGCAACAGAGUCAGCAUCACCAUCACUGCUGGUUCUGUCAUCCUGGACAGUCCUGCAUUUCCUGUCUUUGAGGGAGACAAUGUGACUCUUCACUGUCAAAGUAGAAAGAUUUUUAUGAAGCAAACAGCAGAUUUCUACAAAGACGGCGUCCUCAUUGAAGGGAGUCCUUCAGAGCAGAUGACGAUUCACAACGUCUCCAAGUCUGAUGAAGGAUUUUACAAAUGCAGCAUCGACGGCGUUGGAGAGUCACCAGAAAGCUUCCUGGCUGUUGGAGCAAAUACUGUUUCUAUCAUCCCUCCAACACCUCAUGAAGAGACGCCGUCUGAUGAACCUGAAUUUCCUCUUUGCCUCGUCCUGAAGUUGGUUCAUCUGAUGGUUUUUCUGCUGGUCACAUUUAUUUACUGCAGGAAACACAGAGCAGCUUCCUCAGAGACGCCAACAGCAGCAUCAAACUCAGAUGAAGCAGCUUCAUGAGAUGAGAAAUCACAGAUUUGAUGGAAAACUGCAGAUUUUGCCACAAUUGUUAUCUUGGUGGAGAUUCUUUCCAACCAGAUAGUCAAAUGGACAUUUUUAAAUAUUCAUCUUUACUUUGAAGGCUUCACACAGUUUAGUUUUGAUCAGAAUUUUAAUGUGCUGUGUUCAUUUAUGCUGUAAAAAAUGAAGGUUUGUAACAGGUUUUUAUGUAAAUUUACUGUCAUUUUACAGAUUGUUCUUGUUUUCUUGCUUUACAGAUAAUAAUUAAUGAAAUAAGAGGA